AUGAAAGAACAAUAUACCACUGCACCAAAAGGCGAGGCACCUCUACUUCAGUGAGCGCAUAUUGUCCUAGAAGUGAGAUGGAGCGAAGUUCAACAGCCGCCUCUCUCCUCCCAUCGCUGUCAAUCGAGUUCACGCUAUUGCUACGGCCCCUGCCAACGACCCGCCCAUUCCGGUCCAUGCCGACGCCGACGAACUCGAUUUGUUGGGAGUUGCCACCGAUGAUGUCAACGACACCCCUGUAGUCCAUCGGCCGCCUGAUCCACUGCCCCAACCCUUCCUCGACACCGUCAUCCGAGCAUACGCCAACGAUUCGCAAGCCCAGGUCAUCAUUACCGACCCGCUAUCAUGGCCUAUGUUUCGGGUGACCGAGGAAGGGAGGAUUUUGCGUGUACAUCCAGAUGAGUCUAUUUCCUUGUUUGUGCCUCGUGGUCUCGCUACUGGCGUCGUCAACUCCGACAAGGUCCCAUCACUGCGCGAGCUCGUGCUUUCGGAGAUUCAUCGGAGUGUCGGGCAUGCAGGACAUCGCAUCACCUUGGCCGCCAUCCGUCCUUUGUACUGGUGGUCGUCCAUGUCUGCCGAUUGUGCCGAGUUCUGCCGUUCAUGUGAAGACUGUACCCGAGGCAAGGCGUCCACUCAAGUCCCCUAUGGCCGACUGCAUCCGAUGCCGAUCCCUUCUGGUCCUUGGGAACAAGUGGCCAUCGACUUCAUGACAGGACUGCCUCCGGUCGAGCUCGAAGGGAUGAUGGUUGCUCAAAUCAUGGUGGUCACUGACACUUGGGGCAAGAUGGUCCACCUGAUUCCCCUCCCAGCCGAUGCCGACUCGGAGCUCGUUGCCGAGAAGUACUACGCCACCGUCUUCCGACUGCAUGGGAUGCCUUCCGCCAUCGUUUCCGACCGUGAUCCCAAGUUCACCUCGCAGUUUUGGCGGGCAUUGCAGGCAAAGAUUGGCACCGUCUUGCGAAUGUCAACCGCGGCACACCCGGAGACGGACGGAUCGAGCGAGAAUCGGAUCAAGAUGGUCACCCAAACCCUGCGGAUCAUGGUCUCGUCAAACCACGAGGCUUGGGCAUCUCGUCUUGUUGAAGCUGAGUUCGCUCUUAACUCUUCUGUUGCUGUGUCCACGUCGCUGUCGGCUUUUGAGGCAACCUACGGCUACCUUCCUCGAUGUUGGCCCUCGGAUUCCUGGUCUGUCUCGGACGUCCCUCGUGCGGAAGCGUUUGCUCGGAUCCGACAAUUACGGAACCUCGACGUGACGGAUGCGAUCAUUGGAGCACGCCUCAACCAGUCCCAUCAGGCCAACAAGCAUCGACGCCCAGACGACCCCGCCUUUCGGACCGGCAGUUACGUCUAUCUUUCGACAAAGAACCUGGCAGUUCCUGACGGCAUGAAGUCGAAGUUGUUGCCGCGCUACAUCGGCCCCUUCCGUAUCCGAGCGGCCAUCCCUGCGACGUCCAGCUACGACCUCGAGCUCCCUCCAGCGAUGUCGCGAGUGCACAAUCGUUUCCAUGCUCGACUGCUUCGGCCUUGCGUUGAGAAUGAUGCUGAAAGGUUUCCUGGGCGUGACCCCGCAGUUCUUUUUGUCGAAGACGUAGCCGACGCGGCCGACAAUUCUGCGAUUCCGGAACGGAUUGUUCGCGAUCGGCGGAACGCUCGGGGCGCUCGUUCGUUCUUGGUUCGAUGGGUAGGCCGUAACGACACCGACGAUACUUGGAUGUCAGAGCAGUCCAUUCGCCUUGACCAUCCGUCCGUCCUCGACGCCUACCUCGCGCGCCUCGAUCGCUCGAACCGCCGCCUCGCCGCACGGUAG